UCCUCUUUUCUGUUUCUUGCUUCUGUUCUUGUACCUUGUGUUGCGUUGCUCGAGCAGAACCUCUAGGAGCGAGUAUGCUUGCCGGGUAAGCAGACAUGGCUCACCAAACCUUCCCUGUCGAACCACGAACUCCAUGGCUGGCCAUCUCUUUUGGAUGCUGUGCAUCCCAUCGUGGCAGCACUGAGGACGAUGGAGCUGUGCUUCGAGCAAAGGGUGAAACUGAGAUGCGGAUAUGCUACGACCAACCGCAACCAGUAGCCCAACCUCGAGCAGAGCCAAUCUAUGCUAGGCCCAAUACCAGCCACUCCAUGAGUCGCCAUGUCUCACAAUGGGUAAUCAGUGGUCGAGAAUUUGCUACUCGAGCCUCAUCACGAGCGAGCAUUCACACGAUCCACAAGCCACGGACGUCGCACUCCAAAAACCGACCAAGCAUUGGACGACCCACGGAAUUCCGGAAAACUGAUGGUCUCGAUGGCUUCGACGGGAUCCAGAGCAUGCUUGAUGAAGCACCCAUGCCCAUCCGCCGCCGACGUAGCUUUCAACCACUGGAACUAUCAAUAUAUCUCCCUGAUGGCCGUCUCUCCCCCUUGCCCGACUUCUCAACCGUUGAAUGGGACAAGCUUCCAGCAGAGCUGGAGAUUCCUGCGCAGGCGCUAGUCCGCGACCGAGAUUCGCGGACGAAUUCAAUCUCAUCUAAUCCAUCUACCUCGUCGUAUCUCAUCCAACGGAAACCAGUUGGGUCUGGAUCACGACGCUCCAGUGUGCAGUCGCAGAACUCGAUUCAACAGUCGAGGCCUGUCUCUGCAUCGCUACCAUUCAUGGUGGAGGAGUCGAAGAGUCGACCAGACUCCUCGAUCAGCAAUCCCAAUGCUUUACAACGCUCCAGCACUCACAGCUCCCUUGCUUCUCCCCGCAGGAUAACCUCAAGACUAUCGUCACCAUCCCGCUCCCGUGCAAACACCGCAAAUUCUGAACGCGGAAGCUUACGGAAAGCAAAGACUGAUGUCGAUGAAGCAAUCCGUGAACUCAACACCAUCGUUGAGGAACGCCGUGCCGAUGCCUACCGGUCUAACAACCAGUCACCUGCCCUCAUUAACAGACCACCUCCAUCACCCUCCCACCACGUUCCUCUUAUUGCCCCGUCCCUUAGAAUGCGUGUUCGUUCAGAAACUCUCUCUGACAUCGGCUCUGCUUUCUCAGUCCCCCUAGCUAGCAAGCCUCUCCCAACACCCCCACCACCACCUAUGUCGAAUCCUCUGUCUCGUGCUACCACUAAGCUCAGUCUGACACCACCAUCUCACACACCAACUGGCGGUCCACUGACCUCAAAUCCCAUCACUCCUCCAACACCUACAAUACCUACGCCAACGACUCCCAUCCACCGUCUGGGAGCCUGGCUUAAGCGAUCAAUUCCCACAACGCCAACCUCUCCCUCAUUCUUCAAAACCUCAUCCUCGACCUCCAAAUCGCAAACCCCACCAGCAACAACCCCCUCUCAAGCACCCUUCUACCAGUGCACACCCUCGCUCCCUCCAUCUCGCGGAACCGCCACCGGCACUAACAACACAACACCCGCGUCCCGCCCCACAACAGCCGGCUCCCGAACCGUCGUCCACACGCGCCAAGACAGCAACGACACGGCUACCGUUACCCUCUUCUCCACCUCAGCCUCAGGCUCCUAUCCCAGCACACCCGCCCUUUCUACCCGCUCCAACUCCCCGUCCCCAUCCCACAAAUCCCCAUACUCCCCCCAAUCUCCCGAAACCCCCGCUACCCCUGCUCGCAUCAAUCUCCUCAAAGGUGAAGGCAAAACACGGCGCGUCCCCGCACCGCUUAGCCUCGCGAAAGAGAAGGAGAUGAUGGUGGAGGUGGAGGUGCCAUUGGGGAGUGCGAGGAGUGUGGCGAGUACCAGAAGUGGGAGGAGUCUGAAACCGCCGCCUAGUCCAAAUUAUGCGUUACUGAGGGGUAUGGAGAUUCCCGUGAGGACUGGGGGUGUGGGCAAGAGGGAGAGUGCGUUGAGUGCGAGCCCGGUUAGCCCAGUUGGGGUGGCAUUUUGAGAGAGAGGAGAGCAUGAAUGGGUGGUGGAUGUGUAGGUGAGAGCGAGAAAAAGAGAGGGAAGAAGAUGGACGAUGAACAUGGGUAUCGUGGUGUUCGUAGGGAGACUUGAAGGUUGAGCAUCAUGGAACAGUUGGAUACAUGCAUGCAGUGGUAAUUUUCUAUGCAUAUCUUGGCAUUGUUCACGCAGUCGGGGUCAGGGCCACGGCCAGGAAGCUUUGGACAUUUAGACGUUUGGAUGGGCUAGGAAAAUGGGAACGGGAACGGGAACGGGAACG